CAAGAUAUGGACAACAUGGAAUCCGCAACCGACGAUGAGCUCAUUCGAAGAAAUGAACGCCUUCUUAACUUGAGAGAGCUCGACUUAGAAAUUAAGCAACGCGAGCUUGACCUGGCAUUGCAUCUAAACGAUUUGCAGGAGCGUGAAGCCGCCUUGAUGAAGAGAAAAACCACAAUCAGCGCAGAGCUAAAGUAUGAAUUAGCCCUUGAGCUUGCUCGUGUUGAGAUGCAUGAGAAUGAGAUCAGGGCUCGUCAUGACGCGCUCGAGGUCGAGUUGAGAAAACGGGAGGAAGCACUAGCGAAACGGGAGCUCAAUAUAUCAGAGAGAGAGUGGACACUUCGUGCAAAGGAGGACCAACCGAAGGGAGAAAUGGCAAAAGUGUACGGUGCAUUAAACCUUAGGAGCUCAGAUCGUCCCGUUGACCGGGUUACCGCGGCAGGACUCAAGAGUGGGAUUUCAGCUGUUGUUUGCGCAAGCACUUCUACGCCGGAAAAUAGUGCUUCGGAAUCUCGGGAGCAAGCGCGCGCGGGGUAUUUGUCAGGACUGCGAGGAAAUGACGAAGUGGACAAUUAUGUCCUCGCCGAUGGUAGCUUAAUCCACAAGGCCCCGCAGGUGGACUCUGACUUGACAGAUUUGGCAGCCAAAGCAGACGACCUUCGCAGGCACCUUGCAGCUGCUCGUCUGAGUGCUGACCUCGAUCGAGUGAUGAAAAUGAUUGACGAAACGGUAAGUAAUGUCAUGGAAUUGACUGUGAAAUAUGAGCAGAAUGAGUUCCAUGUCGAGGCUGACAGGGAUCAUGAAAUGUUGUUGGAGGACUCUGUCGUUCACUCAACUGUGGCGGAAGCGCCUGUCUCGACUACAGUUGGCUCUUCUUUCAAGGAAAUUAAAGCUACUCCUGAAGUGAUGCUAUCCGCCGAUCCUACCAUUCGCAUUCUCCAAUUAGAAGCCCAGGCCGAGAGACUUAAAACAAAGUUACGAAACUACGAUAGGUAACUCAAGCUGCAGAUCUUCACGAGGCCGCGUUGCAAAGGAUAUCCUGGUUGAUUUUCUCGAAAUCAAAACACGCAGCAUCUCAUGACAAGCAAUGGCUCUCGUUACCUACGCCUGGCGUCAGCCUGUUGAAUGGCUGUUGAAUGGUUUUCAAAGUCCAUCCAGAGUUAGUCCUAAUUUGUCUCAGCCGUGGUGGUGAUAGAAUCAGGGGUGGCAGUGUUGUCGCGUGUACCAUUGACAAGAUAUUCUGCACCGUCCACAAUUUUGAUGCUCUUGAUCAAAUCUCCUGCUUUUAGCUCUCUCAGUAUUUCUUGGCCAUCGAUGACAUACCCAAAAACACUGUAGCGUCCAUCGAGGAUGUUUGUGCCUGAGGGCGUGAGCUCGGACUCCUUCAGCAGAAAAAAAAACUGAGAACUCGCAGAGUUUGGCUCUGCCUCUCGGCGAGCCAUUGCUAGAGUACCGAAAGCAUUGAAAGGAAGAGCGGGUUCAUCUCUGUACUUUCCAACAUCCUCAAACGUGAAUUCGUAAACAGGCGCUUCAUUCUUUCCCCUUGUUUUUGGCAUUAUUUCAAGAGGAAUAGUACGCUCUUUUCGCGAUGCAGGGUCGAUGAAGCCAUCCUGGCUCUUCGCACUUGGCUUUCCUGACUGCACAACGAAACCAUCAGAGCGUUGGAUGUCCAUACCGUCGUAAAAUCCGCGCUGUACGAGGUCGACGAAAUUGCCCGCAGUUACGGGAGCAUUGAAUCCAUCCAAGACGAUGGUCAUCGUGCCUUCAUCAAUGUUUGGAUUGUCUUUUACCGCGACCUCCAUUUCAACCUUAGCACGGCCCUUUAGUAGAGGAGCGGUGUCAUAGGGUGCUGGGACCUCAAAAGGAAAACUGUCGAUCAUUUCCUCUUCUACACGACCGACCAAAUCAAGCGCACGUUGCUGAGCAUACGGAACUUCUUGUUUGUCUCUGUUACUGACGAUCACUUUGAAGUCUUCCAAUUCGCGUCUCAACUCGGCAAGGAUGGCCGAUCCGUCCCUCAAUUUGUCUGGAGCGACGGAGGCCAAGAUUUUCUGAUAGUCAGUAGUGACAAUUUUGUAAGCGCCAUUCACCGAUGACUCU